AUGAGCGCUGCGGCCCCUGCGACCCUGACUGAUGGAUUCGCGCAGGAUUGGGAGAUGGCGCCCACCUUCCCCACACAAGAAGCCGCUGAAGUCGCCGCUGCUGAGGACGCUGCGCGCCAACGCGUGGCAGCCCACGUGUCGGCUGACGAGGCCGCCAUCAUCGGGGAGUACGUCGACCUCACCAAGAAGAACAUGCUGGCCGCGCUGGCUAGUGUUCAGUCCUCGGUGGCCACGCUCUCGAACACUUUCACGACGGGAUGGGACUACAUUGAGAAUCGGCUCGAGGUUCGGAUCAACAGCGUGGAGAACCGCCAGUCUUCCCAGGAGCCCCGCAUCGACGCGCUCGAAGGCCAGAUCCGCUCACUUCAUGCGACGAUCGAUGGCAUUAAAUAUGCUCGCCCUGUUCCUCCUGCCGCUGCUCCUGGUUUCAACCGCAACACUGACCCGACCAUCCUGCUGGUCCGCACCAAGCUGUCCUGUGCCGAGGCUGGUGCCCUCGCUGCGCUUUCUGUUUGGCUCGGACGUGCCCAGCUCGGAGACAAUGACUUCACCGUGGAGGGCGAGCCUGUUGCCAACAAGUACGUGCUUCGCGUCAACGGAUCGGUCCCGCACGCAUCCCGCAAGGCGCAGCUGGCCCUCGGAGCUCUCCGCCGCCACGACCAAUCAUGGGAGCGGUUCCAGUGCCAGGCCCCUGACAGCAGCACGCAGGAGAUCGUCAUUUCUGGGGACAAGAACGUGGCCCAGGUCAAGCGGGAGCUCGAACUCAAACGCGCUUGCCGCGAACUCGAAUUUCAUUACAGCGACCUCCGCUUCUACAGUGACAAGGACAAGGGCGAGGUUUCGCGCCAGUGGAAACCUCUCGCCCACGUGGAGCCGCAGGCGGGGGGGGCCCCGCCCAAGCUCACCUUCUGCCUCGCGAACCUCACCGCCUUGGGAACCGACCAGGCCACCAUCCUCGACGGCGUCAUGGCAGGCUACAAGUCGGCUGGCGCCCGCUCCGAGAAGCUCGCGCUCGUCCGCCCCCUGCGGCGCACUGGAUCGAUCAUCUCGCUCCAGGAGACCCGCGGCACGCUGUCUGAGCUGCGGGGCUUCGCCUACUUCUCUAACUCG